UGCGCAUUAUAGCACGACCAAGCAGCCUCCUGUUUACUUUCCGGUUUUUCAGAUGAGUCCGUCGCGUCAAUUACUCGCUUUUGGGUUAGAUCUUAAAUACUGCUUCCCCUGUCGCUCGAGUUUCUUUCUUCUCGGUCGCUUUUUCGUUUAAAUUUCUUCUCCAGGCCCGCACAUGUGCAAAACCAAAAUGGCGGUCGACGUGUCAGAUCCCAACUCAGUCCGCUCCUCUCGAACUCGUCCAACUCAGGCUUCCCGGACUCGCUCAUCUCAAUCUCCACGAACUCCUUCCACGCAGAGAUUGCCAACCUUCACCGGCUCGUCUACUUCCUCCGCCGCCUCUGCUCCCUCUCUACCCUCAACCUCUAAUACAUCAAGUGCGUUUUACACUACUACUUCGUCGUCCACCGUCUCCACCACCUCCCUCUCCGGCCUCCGCCAAUCCAUCUCUCAAAGUCCUACAAUCUACGACAUCUCUGAGAUUCGCUCCGCCACCAACAACUUCCUCGCCAAACGCUACUCCACUUCUUCCACUGCCUGCUGGCGGUGUACUCUAAGGGACAGGGAGACGAUCAUCUUCCAGCGAAAGUUCCGCCGGAAAAUGGAAAUGUCACAGCUGAGUGAAUAUCUGGGAGUUAUCUGCCGGAGCCACCACACGAGCGUAAUCAAACUAUUGGGGAUUUCAAUAUCAGGAGACCAUAUCUACCUCGUUUACGAGUUCAUCACCGGUGCCAAUCUCGCUGAUUGUCUACGGAACAAGAGAAAUCCGGAUUUCACGGUUCUUUCCUCGUGGACUUCUCGAAUGCAGGUCGCCGCCGACCUGGCUCAUGGACUCGAUUAUAUCCACAAUAAAACAGGCUUGAACUUAACCCUAGUACAUAAGCACAUCAAGAGCAGCAGUGUUAUCGUUACGGAGCCGCAUUUUAAUGCUAAAAUUUGUCAUUUUGGUACAGCACAAUUGUGUGGAGAAGUGCAAGAGAAUAAGAACCAAAGAAAGAAGAGCUCAAUUUCGAAAGGGAAGAGCGAAAUCACUGAAGCGAGUGACGAAGAUGAAGAUAAAGAAGAUAAAUCGAAAGAAUUGAAGAGAUCUAAUAGUGGAGCUAUGCAAUUUGAAGGUGUAAGAGGCUACAUGUCACCGGAAUUUCAAGCCAGCGGAAUAGCAACGCAGGAAUCCGACGUGUUCGCUUUCGGUGUGUUGAUACUGGAAUUAUUGUCCGGCGAGGAACCAUUGAGAUACAAGUACGAUAAGGGAAGAGGAGAUUUUUUACGAACUUCAUUGGUGGAGACGGCGAGAGCGGUGAUCGAUGGUGGGGACGAUGAUGGAGGAAGAGAAGGAAGGUUGAGGCGGUGGAUGGAUAGGAGAUUGAAGGACUCGUUCCCGGUGGACGUGGCGGAGAAACUGACGCGCCUAGCUGUACAAUGCGUACACGUGGAUCCAUCUAAACGGCCAGAUAUGGGACAUGUGGCAGGGAAGAUUUCCAAGUCGUAUUUGGCUUCAAAAACCUGGUCCGACAAUUUGCGAUCGGUCUCCGACCAGAUAACAGUCUCAUUCGCACCUAGAUGAGCUGGAAAAGAAAAAGAUUUUAAAAAAGGCGGCUCUUUUUAUUUUAUUUUUAUUAUUUAUUUUUUAAAUGGAAAUGGAAAUUAUUGGACCAUUUUUUAUGAAUGAUGAUGACAGAAGUGACCGUGUAUUUUUCA